UGUAGUACACAGAGCGUGAGGGGAAGGCAGACGUCGGCGUGCUGUCGCUGCCCCUACUCCUACAACAACAACACGACGCUGGUGUUUUUUACUCAAAAUCAACACCAAUUGAUCAGUGUUGUCACCAUGGCGGGGAUGACCUUAAAUGACUACCUGCAGAGGGUUCAGAAUGCUUUAUAUAAUCAAAAUGGAGAAGUCCUUGGGGAACUCAUCUCCUUUCGGGACCCACAUGUUAUGAGCUCACGCUUGAUGCUGGAGAAACCUGAACGAGAUGUUGAGCGGUGUGUUGACGUAUCACUUUGCGAGGUCAUCGCAGGACACCUAAGGGCAGUGUGGGCGGCAGGGUCUGGAGAUUGUGUAGAUGCCUGGAAAACCCAGAUGGUGGUAGUGCAAGCAGUUUCUCGCUUCAUGCAAGAGUUAAAAGAAGAGAAUUGGAUGCUGCCAAUCAUGUAUAGUGCUUGUCUUGAUUUAAGGCUAUUUGCAUUGGCUGCAGACAGUGAGUUGACACGCUCAGGAACAUGCAAAGCAGGGGAGACCUUGGAGAAAGCAGCAGAGGCCCUCAUGAGUUGCUUCCGUGUUUGUGCUGCAGAUACACGAACUGGGGAAGACUGUACAAAGCGAUGGGGCCUCCUCUACUUGGUUAAUCAGUUUUUCAAGAUAUAUUUCAAGAUCAAUAAACUCAACCUGUGUAAACCAAUGAUACGUGCUAUUGAGUCUUUGGCCUUCAAAGAUCGUUUCUCUCUGUCUCAGCUCAUUACGUACAAAUAUUAUACAGGCAGGAAGGACAUGUUUGAUUCAGAUUUUAAAUCAGCUGAUGCGACAUUGUCAUUCGCUUUCCAGAGAUGUCAUGCUGGCAGUCGGAAAAAUAAGAGACGCAUUCUUAUCUAUUUGAUUCCUGUGAAAAUGCUGCGGGGAUACUUACCCAAGGAGUCUGUGUUGGAAAGAUUCAACCUACCAGAGUUCCGAGAAGUGGUAAUAUCUGUUCGCCAAGGGAAUGUACGACUCCUGUCUGAAACUUUGGUAAAACAUGAGAGCUUCUUCAUAGGAGCUGGGAUUUACCUGAUUCUUGAGAAGCUGAAAAUUUUGGCAUUCAGAAAUCUCUUCAAGAAAGUUUUCCUCGUCACUGGUACUCAUCAAAUUGAGGUUACCCUCUUCUUGCAAUCUCUGAAGUGGAUGUGUGUAGAAGAUGUUGACCUGGAUGAAACAGAGUGCCUGUUGGCCAACAUGAUCAAUGAUGGCCGCAUGAAAGGAUACAUCUCCCAUGCUCACCGUAAAGUUGUUGUCAGCAAAAAAGAUGCUUUCCCUCCUCUAACAGCUUGCUGAUUCCGAUGGCAAAAUUUGCAAAUAAGGCUGAACAUUAAAUCACUAGGGCUCAAAGUAUUUUCCUUGUAAUACAGGGAGACUCAUUUCAGGUUUUGAUUGAACCAAAGCAGGUUUGAUUGACUCAAAGCCGGUUUUGAUUCGAGUCCAGCAGUAAAAAGUAUGCCAAAGUGCUAAUUUAAACAUUUCCAAGAACAGACAAGCUUGAAUAUGUGACUUAAUUCCAGACCAACUUUCCACUUUUUUCAUUUCAAUCUUUACUAUUGUAUUCAAAUUUAAGAAAUUAGUGCAUAUCUUCACAAGUGAAAAAAUAAAAAUAUUUUGUAAAUUUGGAGUAUCAUUAAGAGGCAAAUUAUCAUUUAAUUUUAUGUAGCGAUACGUGAAUUCUGUUAUUAUUCAACUGCACCUACAAGAUUUUAUCAUGAUCUGAAAAUGGAGAUUAAGGUGAAUUACCAAAGGCUUUUUCAUACGAUUGAAUUGAAGCCAAAAGUGUUAAAACAUUUUGUGGGCUUGUACCUUGAAUUAACCUCUAGGAAAGACUAUGGGGAACUAUAAGAUCGACUUAAGAAUUUAUUCCGUGAGGUUGAGGGCCAUUGGAAGUAAGUGGAAAGGCUACUGGUGAAAGUCAGCCAUGAGUGGAGCGAUAACAGGUGGUGUGUAGCAUAUAUGUGGAGUGCGCUGUCGGGCUGGCUGGUAUAGAUGAUGGGGACAAUAGCUUGGUGGCACUUCCCGAAUCAAUAGCCUAGUAAUGGUGGGACAGGAUCAACACCUGACUAGUUUAACUUUUUCAGCUGAUCAACUAUUCAAAAUUUAAGGAUAACAUACAUCCUUAAACUAAAAGGCCUGACAGCUGAGUGGUGGGGCCUGACUGCUGUGGACAGUGCUUGAAUAUGUGACUUAAUUCCAGACCAACUUUCCACUUUUUUCAUUUCAAUCUUUACUAUUGUAUUCAAAUUUAAGAAAUUAGUGCAUAUCUUCACAAGUGAAAAAAUAAAAAUAUUUUGUAAAUUUGGAGUAUCAUUAAGAGGCAAAUUAUCAUUUAAUUUUAUGUAGCGAUACGUGAAUUCUGUUAUUAUUCAACUGCACCUACAAGAUUUUAUCAUGAUCUGAAAAUGGAGAUUAAGGUGAAUUACCAAAGGCUUUUUCAUACGAUUGAAUUGAAGCCAAAAGUGUUAAAACAUUUUGUGGGCUUGUACCUUGAAUUAACCUCUAGGAAAGACUAUGGGGAACUAUAAGAUCGACUUAAGAAUUUAUUCCGUGAGGUUGAGGGCCAUUGGAAGUAAGUGGAAAGGCUACUGGUGAAAGUCAGCCAUGAGUGGAGCGAUAACAGGUGGUGUGUAGCAUAUAUGUGGAGUGCGCUGUCGGGCUGGCUGGUAUAGAUGAUGGGGACAAUAGCUUGGUGGCACUUCCCGAAUCAAUAGCCUAGUAAUGGUGGGACAGGAUCAACACCUGACUAGUUUAACUUUUUCAGCUGAUCAACUAUUCAAAAUUUAAGGAUAACAUACAUCCUUAAACUAAAAGGCCUGACAGCUGAGUGGUGGGGCCUGACUGCUGUGGACAGUGCUUGAAUAUGUGACUUAAUUCCAGACCAACUUUCCACUUUUUUCAUUUCAAUCUUUACUAUUGUAUUCAAAUUUAAGAAAUUAGUGCAUAUCUUCACAAGUGAAAAAAUAAAAAUAUUUUGUAAA